GAAGAACUUACCAUGUCACACAAUGAUUCUGAUAUUCAUUGUGGUGAUUUCCCACAGAAAAUAUCAGCUUCUAUUCUUCCUCCUAUAAUCAUCACUGAGCUUCUGUUGGGCCUGCCAGGGAAUCUGAUAGCAUUAGGUAUCUUCUGUUUCCGUUUUCGAUUCUGGAGACCCACCAUACUGUUUCUCUUCAACCUGGUUCUGGCUGACUUCCUGCUCCUGAUGAGUUUACCUUUCCGGAUUGACAAUCUGCUCCGUGGCGAGAACUGGGUGUUUGGUGAUGCUUGGUGUCGUAUCAACCUCUUCAUGAUUGCAGUGAACCGUUCAGCCAGCAUUGGCUUCAUGACGGCUGUGGCUUUGGAUCGGUACUUUAAGGUUGUCCAUCCACUUCAUAAAGUGAACUUCAUGAGAUUACGACACGUUGCUAUGACUGUUUGCUUCAUCUGGACUGUGGCGAUUGCUCUGCGGCUCCCACUGUUAGUGAACAACGAUGUCCUGAGAAAGCUGGAAAAUGAUUCUUAUGAGAAUGCCUCUUUGACAAAUAAGACUGAUGAGAAUAUCUAUUUGUGUCGGAGCUUCCACCCCUAUGAGAACCCACCACUGAGCAUCCAGCUCCACUACCUAGUGUACAUCUUGGAGUUUUUCUUCCCUCUAUUGCUUAUACUCUUUUGCUCCAUCCAAAUCUACUGUGUUUUACGUCAACGCCAGGUCAGUAAAAAGAAAAAUCUGCAGGCCAUGAGGAUUGUUCUGGUAAUAGUUGGGGUCUUCAUCAUAUGUUUCGGUCCUGGUGUUGUCACAGGACUUUCUGCACUCUAUCUGAAAACUCUGGGAAAUGACUACUGUACAGCCUUUAAACUAAAUAGUGAAGUGUUUAUUGUUUUCAUUGGGUUCACCUACCUGAACAGUGUGCUGGACCCCAUAAUCUAUUGCUUUUCUGGCUCCCUCUUCCGUGACACUUUUAAAGGUUCGAUCUAUCACUGGUUCGAGAACUGUAAAGUCAACUGCUAUGACUUCAAGAGGCUGUGA